AUAUUUUCAAGCGUUUAGUUCUGUGUAUAAUCUCUCACCCUAAGCAUGGCCACCCGUCUGAUCUCCAGCUGACGUUCUUCUGAAAGACCCCUCCUCUGUAUGCAGUGUGUUACAUCAUGUCCAAAGCAUCUGGAGCGAGUAUGUCAAAACAGGGCGGAUACUCGUGCGGAGGAGACGCAGGAUAUCAGCUACAGAGCUUUGUUUUUGAGCGUUAUUCACAUUCGCACAAACUUGCAGAGGGCAGAUGGGGCCUGACGUCGCACGUGAGCGAGACCUGCGUCACGGCUGCGUGGUGCAUCCGCUCUGGCUGGCAACUUGCCUGCUCUCUUUCUCCCUCGUCCUCACUGUGAAAUCUUCUGUGAAGAAAGAACACAACUUCACCAUUCACUCGUCUCAGCUUGUAUGCAGUUUACCCGGGCCUCCAGGAGCACCAGGCAGUCCGGGGCCUGCGGGGCCCAGCGGGGGGGCAGGACGGAUGGGUUCACCAGGAUCUGACGGACAGGACGGGAAGGACGGGGACAAGGGGGAUAAUGGCGAGAAAGGGGAACCAGGUCGCACAGGGAAUCCUGGCAAACCAGGACUGAAGGGUCGCCAAGGAGUUGUAGGGAGGGCGGGUCCGAGAGGUCUGAAGGGGGUACAGGGGGCACCCGGUGUGCGUGGCCCCAGCGGGCUGAAGGGUGAAAUGGGAGAUCUGGGUAAAGCUGGCCUCCCUGGUGGAUGUGAGUGCGGGACUCCGGCACGCUCAGCCUUCUCCGUCGCAAUUAGCAAGAGUUAUCCAAAAGAGCGCACACCCAUCCGCUUCGAUCGCAUCUUGAUGAACGAAGGUGGACAUUACAACACCAGCAGCGGCAAGUUCACCUGUGCUGUCCCGGGUGUGUACUACUUCAGCUACGACAUCACGCUGGCUAACAAGCACCUGGCGAUCGGGCUCGUCCACAACGGCCAGUACAAGAUCAAGACGUUCGACGCAAACACUGGGAACCAUGACAUAGCUUCAGGCUCCACUGUACUCCGGCUCCAGGAAAGAGACCAAGUGUGGCUUCAGAUCUUCUACGCCGAGCAGAAUGGCUUGUUCUUCGAUCCGUUCUGGACCGACAGCCUGUUCACGGGAUUCCUUAUCUAUGCAGACCAGAUUCCUCAGAGGAACAUCACGUCUGCUAGCUCUGGGUCUUCCUGAUGAACAGAAACGAAAAGAAAUACAUCUGCACCUGGUCAUUUUUAAGCUCUGACUUUUUUAAUACACGCUUUUUUCUUUCUAGCAUUAGAGCCACUAAUCACCCACCGUUUUCAGGGAUGUGCAACGUAAAACGUUUAUUCUUUUACUAAGGAGUGAUUCUGUUAUUCUAAGAUGAAACCCAUUGUGUCCUUUUGUAAUUACGAAUAUGUUUCCACACCAAAUUCUGUGCAGUUCUUCACUUCUUGUCAAACACAACACAAAUGAUAUUCAUCCCUGUUGGGGUCUAAAGCUCUUCAGACGUUUAUAUUACAUGAUGAUAAACCCAAACACCAUCAGUUUCCCUUACAUGUUAAAAACCUCCCAUAGGGUCAAGUGGGGGCAGAACCCAACUAAUUACACCAAUCAGCUACAACAUUAAAACCACUUAUGUGCUGGAAGCAGAGAAAUGGGAAACUGUAAAGAUCUGGGCAACUUUGACAAGAGAAAAAUUGUGAUGGCUAUCGGAUCGGAUCCAGAUCGGCAAAACUUGACUCGAGUCUGACUUAAGUCGCAAAUUUGAGACUUGCCUGAUAGAUAUUAAAAAAAGACUCGACUUGACUUUGACUUGACAUUCAUGACUUGAGACUUGACUGAGACUUGAGUUAAAUGAUUCAGAGAUGGGGGA